AUGCUAGCCUUAUACAUUGAAGCCAAGUUUAAGGAAUUUCAAAAGGAGUUGACAGGUUUGAUUUAUUGUGAUAUAAACAAUGUAACGAAGAAUGACUAUUUUCUACACUUUGAGGUAGAAGAAGAUGUUUUUUAUGGAGAUAAGGGGAGGAAGAAAAUUGUAUUCAUGGUGUCAUAUGACCAUGUUACAGUCACAUUGUUCUAUACUUGCUGCAAGUUUGAGUUCAAAGACAUAUUGUGUAGGUAUUCGAUAAUUGUGUUAAUUCACCAUGGCCAAGAUACAAUACUAGAACACUACAUAUUUAAGUGUUGGAGAAAGGAUGUGAGGAGAUCACAUAGUCGUGUUAAAGUCAAUUACGAGGGCAUGAAGAUAUCAGGUGAUCAAGAACGAUAUGAUGAGAUGUGUACGUUGUUCGCGAAAUUGGCAGACUUGGCUGCUGAGACUGAUGAAAAUUUUUCCUAUGUAACGCUAUGGAUUGAGGAUUCCAUGAAGAACAUGACUGCCAGCAAUAUGGUUGGAGUUACCCCGACUAUUGUUGGUAUGAAUGGAGCCAGUACCUCUAAUGAUCCUAUGGCAACAAGGGGGAAAGAACGUCCUCCAUGUUUGUGA